AUGUUACGCGAACACAAAAGUGCUGAUGGUCAUUAUGAAAUCACCCUUUUGACAAAAGCAACUGUCCAUAGUAGUGGGAUUGUUAUGUGGCAACCGCCUGUGGUCUAUAAAUCGUCUUGUUCAAUCGAUGUUGCACAUUUUCCAUAUGAUGUUCAGACAUGCAUACUAAAAAUAGGAAGUUGGACUUAUGAUGGUUUUAAGGUUGACCUACGACAUAUGGAUGAACAGCAGGGUAAUAACAUUGUAGAUGUCGGAGUAGAUCUAUCUGAGUUCUAUAUGUCUGUGGAGUGGGAUAUACUUGAAGUUCCAGCCGUCAGUCCUUCGAGCCUUAACGAAAGGCACCUGUGGGUUUACAAACAAACAGACAUAUUAAAAUCAAAAAUAAUUUUGGUGGCAAAGUGCCUGGUGGAGCGUAAGCAUGGCGAAGUGCGUUUUCCUAAUUCUGUUGAAGAAUACGAUAGAAUGAAGACUGGAUUUUAUUCGAAAUUUGGAAUAAAGAGUGUAAUUGGAGCAAUUGAUUGCACUCAUGUUGGUAUAAUUGCACCUGCCUUGUCAAACUCAGUUGUACCGCAUGAUUAUAUGAACAGAAAAGGUUAUUAUAGCAUUAAUGUUCAAGCGGUUUGA